GAAAGGAUAGAUAAAUGGCAGUUUUGAUAAUCCCAGAAAUAAUAAGGGUUCAACGGGUAAAAGAGAGACUGUUGUGCACCAAAACCUGAAAAACCCAAGACAGUAUUUGGUUGGGACUGAUCUGACCGGAUUGGUUCGAUACUCUCCCAGUUCCAAACUCACAGGAGCUGUGUAGAUUGCAAUUCAGAGCAACAAGAGCAGCAAGCAAAAGUUUUCUAGCCCAAAACGAAUCUUGAAAAUGGCAGAAGCUGCACAAAACCCAGCAGUAGUUCCGCAACAGAAAAUCGUUAUACCCAACAAACAUGGCGAAAAGCUUGUCGGCAUAUUACAUGAAACCGGUUCUGCGGAGAUUGUAAUCUUAUGCCAUGGUUUUCGAGCCUCCAAGGAAGAAACAACUAUGGUGAACCUUGCUGUUGCAUUGGAAAAGGAAGGAAUUAGUUCCUUCCGUUUCGACUUUGCUGGAAAUGGAGAGAGUGAAGGCACCUUUCUGUAUGGCAACUAUCGGAGAGAGGCCGAGGACUUGCAUGCUGUGGUCCAACACUUCUCUAGGGCAAACCGGCCACCAACUGCAAUUCUUGGGCACAGUAAAGGAGCUGGUGUGGUGCUGCUGUAUGCUUCUAAGUAUCAUGAAAUUCGUACGGUUGUCAAUCUUUCUGGACGUUAUGAUCUGAAGAAAGGCAUUGCACAACAAUUUGGGAAAGACUUCAUGGAAAUAAUCAAGAAGGAAGGAUUCAUUGAUGUUAAAACUAAGACAGGAAGUGUGAUUUACCGUGUGACCAAGGAAGGUCUGAUGGAUCGCCUAAGUACUGAUAUGCACGAAUCAUGCCUUCAUAUUGACAAAGAAUGCCGGGUGUUGACAGUCCAUGGUUCUGCUGAUGAGGCCAUCCCUGUUGAAGAUGCAUUCGAGUUUUCAAAGAUAAUACCAAACCACAAAUUACAUGUUAUCGAAGGAGCUAACCAUUGCUACACCUCACAUCAAGCUGAGUUAGCGACAGUCGUUUUGGACUUCAUAAAAGCAGCUCUGCAGCAGGACAAGGUUAAUUAGCAUAUCAUGCUUAUGCACUAAUAAGAGAAUCCUCAUCUUACCGUGGUGAUUCUGAGAUAAUAUUUUAUUGGUUUAACCUUUGCCAAAUGUGUGACGGUUUCUAUUUGUUGUAAACCAUUGCUAUGAUCUGUUGCAUGAAAUAGUGAAGAAGUUCAUGAUUCA